UUAUUGCAAGAAAUGACAGAUUUUGAAAUUGGUUCAGAUUUGCAAGCUUGUGAAAUUGGUGGUGGUCUUGAUGAAGUUACAAAUUGGUUGUGAUGUGUGUUUGAAAGAAGGUGUGCUGCAAAUGGAUUUGGAGGAACAUAGAAGGUUGGGUUGCUGAUGUAAACUGAAGAUACAGAUGAGAUAGAGGAGGAAUUGUAGGUGGUGAUUACUGUGAACAAAAUCAGUGGAUGAGAUGUUCGUCUCAAUGAAUUUAUGAAGAUGGUAGUGCUGUUUAAACAGGGAAGAAGAACAAGUCUGUGUUGCAGCUAUUUUGAAAUGACAAUGGUGUUGAUGUAGCUGUUGCAGUUGUGGUUUACUGAAAACUGUGUUGUUAUUAAGGACUUUGUCUCCGGAGCAACUGUAUCGCAAUUUAGAGCUCACACAAGUCUGAUUUCUGCACUAUGUUUUGAUCCAAGCGGAACCCUUCUGUUCACUGCCUCGGUAUAUGGGAACAGUAUAAAUAUCUUCCGCAUUAUGCCUUCCUUAUUGAAAAAUGAAUCAGGUACUCCAAGCUAUGACUGGAGUAGUAAUCACGUGCAUCUUUAUAAGUUAUAUCGUGGAAUGACAGCAGCUGUCAUUCAAGAUAUAAGUUUUAGUCAUUAUAGUCAGUGGAUAGCUAUCGUUUCGUCGAGGGGGACUUGCCAUGUAUUCAUCUUAUCCCCUUUUGGUGGUGAGGUUGGUCUUCAAACACAAAAUUCGAUUAGUGAUGGACCAGUCCUCUUACCAAGUCUAACUUCCCCGUGGUGGUCUACUUCAUCUUGCACAAUAAAUCAGCAUUCCUUUCCCCCACCAUCACCUGUCACCCUAUCUGUAGUAUGCCGGAUAAAGAAUAACAGCUCUGGCUGGCUGAACACAGUUACUAAUGCGGCAUCCUCUGCAACAGGAAAGGUAACCCAACCACCAACUGGUGCUGUUGCCGUUACUUUUUACAAUUCUUUAUCCCGUCAUCUUCUGCCCAAUGCAGCAAGAUAGAAGAUUACUGAGAAGAUGGAGCUGAAGGCAGUGGUGAAUGGUUGACUGCAGAGGUGCUGGUGCUGCAAUAAAGUAAAGUGAAUUGAGGAGUACUCAGAUUCCUAAGUAGUGUAGCAGAUAUGUACUCAUAUUUGUAAGCAGUGUGGAAGUUAUGUACUCAAAUCUAUGGUCCUUUAUAUGUUUUAAUUA